UUUUUAUAUUAAUAAUUGGGCCUUUUAUUUUGAAAUGGACUUUAUGGUUCCUGUUGUUGUGACGCCAUUGACGUAAAAAAGCGAUUUCUUCACGCUGUUCUCACAUGGAAACCUAAACAUGGAGAAUUCAAGUACAGAGACCGGAACUGAUGGCCAGGAUCAAGGUGAGACCAAAUCUGAAAACGAGAAAAUGGAAUUGGAUAUUAAUACAACAGAGUUUCAGACUGAAACGAAAGGUGAUCAGAGCUCCGGUCCGCAACUUGGACCAACAGAUGAAACAUGCACCAGUGGUCAAUCUGAACAAAUAGAACAUCAGAUCUCCAGCAUUCAGUCUGAAGAAACAGGAGAUCAGUGCAGCAGGGGUCAGCUUGGACCAGCAGAAGGUCCGUACACUGGUGAUCAGUCUAUAGAUACUGAAGGUCAGAGCUCCAGUAUUCAGUCUGAACAAACCGUUGAACAGAACUCAAGUAGUCAACUUGGACCAACAUCAGAACCGUGCACCAGUGAUCUUUCUGUAGUGGCAGAUCAGAUGUCCAUUAUUCAGCCUGAACAAACAGGAGAUCAGAGCUCCAGCGUUCAGACUGGACCUACAGAGAUGCAGCGUGGAGUUGUGGUUAGUCCACACUCUGGCACUGGGUCAUUGGCUCUGUUGGGCAUGCAGUACAGAGGAAACAGCUCGGAUGACAACUGUUCAGACAGUGACUCAGACUCUUCGUCCUCCUCAUCGUCCUCUUCAUCAUCCUCAUCCUCUUCUUCUACUGAGCCUCUUGAGGUAGUGAUAAACAAUGCAGAUGAUGAUGAUGAAGUUGUUGCCAUGGGCAAUGAGAAGAAGCCAGUACCAGUGAAAACCCAUGAUGAGUUGCUUAUCGAGGACCUUCCUGCAGUGGAGAACCUGAUCAUCAGCCUUCCAGAGGAUACAGAGAUGGAGCCCAUUGGCACGAUAUCCAGCAUUGUGGAGCAAUUAGUGAUUGUGGAGUCAUACAAGAACACACCAGCACUGAAUGAAGACAGUGUGUUAUUCAACAAAAACAGAAACUCUGUUGGCAAGGUCUUUGAAAUCUUCGGGCCGGUUUGUCAGCCCUACUACGUUUUGAGGUUCAACUCCCAUGACGAUAUUGACCAGAAAGAUGUUAAAGUUCAAGACCCGGUUUACUUCGCCCCUAAAAUUAAAGAUUUCACAGACUACAUCUUUACAGAGCGACUCCAAGAGACCAAAGGCUCAGAUGCAUCCUGGAAGAAUGACCAGGAACCACCCCCUGAGGCACUUGACUUUAGUGAUGAUGAGCAAGAGAAGCUGGCCAAACAGAAGCUGAAAGAACAAAAGAGACGGCAGCAAAACGAUUCUGACUCAGAGGAUGAAUUGGACGCCCAUAAAGCGCCUCAAAAAGCAGGGCGGCGGAAGCCCCGACAGAACCGCAAUGUUCCCCGUGGGCAGCACCACAAUCGUGGCGGCGGUUUUCAUAGCAACUAUCACGCUCACCCCCACUUUCCACCUGACUACAUGUUCCCUCAUCCAGAUCCACACAUGUUUCCUUUCCAGCGUCCAAUGAUCCCACCCUUUCCCAGACCGCCACCCUUUCACAUGGGCAUGGCCCCGUGGCCCCCAGGGCCCAAUCAGGGCUUUAUGUUCCAGCCCCCACCUCCCCCUCCUCCCCCUCCUCCACCACCUCCAUUUAAUCAAUAAACCUGUGACUGAAUCCUCUUCACAUCCUGCGCCCUUAAAGGGAUCACAAUCUUUGCAUACUAAUAUAACUGUAUACAGGUGUGUAGUGUGGUUCAAACCUAACUGUAUAUUGUUAGUGCAGUUUUUCAUUUUGUAUUAAAAAUGAUUAAUUUCUUUAUACUGUA